GGUCUUCUGAACACUUAACAGUUAUUUUAUUCAAAUUAUUUCCUUAAAAAAUACUCUUGGUUAUAAAUCGAAAACAUUUAAGUAUUAAAUCAGUAAAUAUAAUAUAUGUUAAAAAAUAUAUAAUUCUAAAUUUUUGAGGCAUCCAAUUAUUUUUAGUUUUUAAAUCAGCAUUAUUAAAGCAUUCGUGAACAACAGUUAAAGCGAGCUUUUAUUGAUGCGGUAGUGAGCCAAUUCAUAAAAAACAUCAAAUAAUUUAUUUUUUAAAAGAAUUGCAAAUAACUCUCUUUUUAUAAGAAAAAAAAAUUAUUCUACGUUUUUGUGACUAUCAAAAACUUUUCAGAUCAUCAUCGAUUCUGGUUUUGUAUAAACGAUUCUUCAGUAAUUAACAUUGUAUAAAUCUACAAUACCGUAUGCAAUGGUAAUUAACAACCUAUUUUCAUUGGUUAUCUAUUGUGAAUGAAUGCAUUGAGAACGAAAAGGAGAAAACAGGCGCGUAUUUUGUGAUCAUUUGUCGUUAUUGUCGUUUGUAAUUUGUUUAUGAAUGUUAAAAAUGAAAAAGUUUCCAGUUAAAAUUGAUCUUUCAACAUUUUUCGAAGACGAAAGAAAAUAUGUCAUAAUUCUUGUGGAUCCACAAUGGAAAAACGUGGAGUAUUUACAACGUCGAGUGGAAGAAAUAUUCGAUGUGCGGCCGGUCCGGUUUCUGACUAUCGAUAAUCUAUUUAUACCUCCACAAGAAUCUAUUGAAGUUGUAGAAUUUACGGAAUCUCUUAAAGCUUUCAUACCAAAACGUGCACUGGAGGAAUCUCGCCGACGCUCAAAGCAAUUGAAACUUGAAACUCAAGCAAUUGCUAAUAAUGUAGAAGAAUCGAUUGAGAAGAAUUUAGUUAAAAAAAGGAAGUAUUAUACAUUGGGUACCGAUAUUCAAGGAAGCUCUACACCCAAUCAGACGAAGAAAUCGAGACGUACUCCAAAAAUUGUAAAUCAGUCACCACCAGUAGAUACAAUUAAAACAGUGUCCAAUGAAUCACAAGAAAUCACAAGUACUAAUGAGCAAGUUAACAUAUUGAAAGACUGUGAACAUUUCCAACUCAAUAAAAGCGUGGAAAAAAAUUCCAUAUGCGGAGGUGCAAAAUCCAUUUUGGUAGAAAAACAAAGUGUAACAAUGAAUGCGUCGAAAGAGAAUACAACUAGUAAACAUAAACGUAAAAGGUCUCAUAAAGAUAGCUCUGCACUGUCUUUGGAUUUCGAGCAAGAAAGAAGUAACUGUACAUUAACGUUGCGGCCGGAAGUACCUUCGUCUACAUUCCUCAACCAUUCUAAACCAUCAAAUAAAUCCUCACAUAUAUACUUUGAAGAUUCGACUAUCGUAGAAACUACAACCAAGACACAACAAACUACUAAUGUCAAAGCUAAUACAACCAAAGUAUCUUUUAAAUGUAAACUAAGUGAUGCAGAGUUUGAGAAACCCGUAGUCUUUCCCUUACAAUAUAUUAACAAAAAUAAUAAACUCCUUAAAUCAAUCAUAGAUAUACAAGAAAAUAUACUUCUGCAGCCAGCUAAUAUCGAUAUAUUGUUCAAAGCGCCGGUUAUGAAUGAUAUAGACAAACAGUUGGAAGAAAAUGUUUUGUCAACUACUUUUAAUACAACAGAGAAUAAAGAAAGUGAAACAAUUGAUGAAAUCACGAAUGUAACAGAAACUGAAGAUAAUUUUGAAUCCCCAAAUAAUGGCAACAUUAUCAGAAAUAGUUUGGACCAUAUCGAUUGCAAGUUAAAUAGAGACUCUGGUAUAGAAAAAGAAAUACACCAUAACAACUUUAAAGAAAAUUCCAAUUCUGAGAGUCGCAUUAAUGAUGAGGAUGUAACUAUUACGGGCGUUAACUCAAAAGAUGACAACGAAAAAAGUGUUACGAAUCAAUCACAAGCUGAGCUUUCCAACAAUGAUUAUAAUUUAAAUGAGGAAGUACAAAGAGAGACUGUGUCCUCCAAUGACAAGAUGAAACAAACAGAUAUGACAAAAUCCGCAGCUACUAAUAUAUUAGAAAUGUCCGAUAAUUCACAGCUAAUGGACGAAAGCUCUGUCAUAGACUUGGAUGACGAUGAUGAAGAUAUAAUUGAUUUAAGUGAUGCUGAUGACCAACAAAAAUCGCUGGCAGCAAGUCGUUCUAAAUUGUCUGAAACUUUAAAUAAAAGCAUAAGCACAAUGAGUAUCGAUGAAAUGCUUCCUUUUUGUGUGCCACUGACCGGUACACCUGAAUUAGGUGAUGUUAUCAUAUUUAAGUUUAAUCGUCGUGUUUCUGGUGCUAAAAUAGAUGAAUCACAAUUCAUAGCCUGUAGAUGUGAACACAUCAAUAGACGCACUAAAGCUUUAAAGCUCGCUGUGAUAAAUGCUAGUCUCGAAAACGAUGUCCUUCCUCAGAAGUAUAAGUACAGUUUAGAUGAUUCAUUUGAAAUAAGAUUUAUGAAUAUUAAGUUUACGGAUAUGAUCGAUCCUAAGGUAUUGAAAAUUAGCUGUUAGAUUAAGAAGAAAACUAUUUGUUGUAAGAAAUUAAAAUGUUUGAUUUUUUGUUUAAUAAAUUUAUUAUAAAUAAGCAUUA